AUGCUGAAAAGUGCAGAUGAUGUUGUUAUGGAGCAGGAGGACUCUGCUUCCCGACAUAGAGAAAUGACAAGUUGGGAUAUCAAUGACCUCAAACUUCCCCAGGAUGUAAGACAGAUAGACUGGUUUCAAGAAUGGCCAGAUUCCUAUGUAAAACAUAUCUAUAGCUCAGAGGAUAAAAAUGCUCAGAGGCACCACAGCAGCUGGGCAAUGAGAAACACCAACAACCACAACUCUCGCAUCUUAAAAAAGUCCUGCCUCGGGGUAGUGGUCUGUGGCAAUGACUGCUCAACCUUGGAUGGGAGGAAGAUCUACCUAAGACCAGCCAUAUGUGAUAAAGCUAGGCAAAAACAACAGCGGAAAUGCUGUCCAAACUGCAGUGGACCCCUGCAACUCCUUUCCUGCCGAGGCCAUGGUGGUUAUCCAGUUACCAACUUCUGGAGGCAUGAAGGCCAAUUCAUAUUUUUUCAGUCCAAAGGAGCUCAUGACCAUCCACGUCCAGAAACAAAACUAGAAGCAGAAGCAAGAAGAUCAAUCCAAAAAGCACAGACAGCUUUUCCUCCAUCUUCUCCAAGAUUAAAAAGAAUCCGGGAGAUUGAGUCUCUGACAGGUGGAAUGCCGACGCAGGAGGCUUUGCCUUUGCUUCUUUCCAAGCCAGAUGCUUACAUGCUACCUGCUAAUUCUGGGGGACAUUUAAGCAAAAGCUCCCGGGAGCUGACGCUGGGCAGCUGCUCUUGGGGGCCGCCAUACCCAAGGGCAGCUGGGGUGGACGGGGGCUCUGGAGAGGCACCAACCUGGAGCAGGAGCCUGCACUGCGCCCACCGCGGCUCCCAGCGUGUCCUGCCCGUGACAAAGGGUGGCCAUGACCCCUUCAGGCCUAACGCUGAUCCUUUGGGGGAUGAAUCCCAUGAGGAGACAUCCCCGCUGGCCUACAGCGGCAGCUGCCACCCCCUGCCGCCCUACCCUGUGCCUCAGGGAGGCCCCUGCCCCACGGAGAGCGGGGCACAACACCACCGCCAGCUCUCGGCGCCCCUGAGGGAAAGCGAAGGAGGCGGGGGUGAGGGAGGGCGCUGUAUGGGUCUCAACUACUGCAACGAUGAUAUGUUUUUUAACCUAUACCCGUUACGGUGACCAGAUUUAAAUGUCCUCUCUCUCCCUUCUCUGGCAAUGGGCCUAAUUCUCCAUCCCUCUUGCAACACAGAUGUGAAAGCGCUGCCACGCCAAGUCUCUCCUUAGCUCCUCUUGCAGGCCUCAGGAGGGGGUCUCAUACCUGAAGGCUUGUCUUUUUUCUUUUUUUUUUCAACUGUUACAUCUUCCCCUGCUGUUUCAUUGAUCUAAUAAAAGAUAUCAGCUCUUCUUACGGACUACCUCACUGCCAUUCUGGUUUGGUAGCAUUUCAUUCCUCCUUGAUACUCAGUUUAUCAAGCCUGUGGGACAGUGGA